AUGCGAGGCUCUAUUGGCCACGCCCUAGUCGGGCUAAGCAUCUCGGGCCUUGGCCUGACUGCUGCCGUGCAACGCGAUAUCGAGAUCGUCCGGUUUCAUGAUCUUGGCGCUGUAACUGCCGACUCCCUGCAUAAUAUCCAUGUCGAAUUUGUGGACGAGUCUUUCGAGGGACACUUGAAGAUUGUAUAUGGAGAGUGUGGCAUGGAAAGUCCCCUACAUGGCCACCAUGAUAUUGGCAGCACGUUCAUCAAGCGGGAGGCAAAGCCAGAUCGGUUUGUCUGGAUUACUCCGGCAGAUGCACCUCAUUCGCACUGUCUUCAUGCCUUCUCUGGAUCGACUCUGCUCGGUCGUUCUUCACCUAUCAGCGUGGCUGCGCCCAUCAACAAGCGCGAGAGCAUCGCUGAUGUGGCCGAUGCCAUGGGUCCCUGGUUCGACGGUGUCGCUUACAUGAAGUCAAAGAAGAAUACCAAGGCCUUUAUUUCCAAGGCAAAGAAUACCUCGGUGGCCAUUCUUGGUGGAGGCAUGUCCGGCCUCAUGACGAGCCAUCUGCUCGAGUCCGUUGGCAUCCACAACUGGCACAUCUUUGAGUCAUCAGAGCGAGUUGGUGGACGUAUUCGCACCAAGUAUCUGAAUAACACCCGCCCAGAUCAAUACCAAUAUCAGGAAAUGGGACCCAUGCGUUUCCCCGUCAGCAUCACCUACGCAGACACCAACGAGACUCUUGAGAUUAUGGAUCACCGUAUGGUCUUCCAGUUGGCCGGUGUGCUCAACGAGAUGAAUGCCGAUAGACCCGAUCUCCAAGUCAACUUCAUCCCCUGGGUACAAUCUAGCCCUAACGUCCCUGCUUCAACUGGCGGCAACCGCCUACCAAAUGGCCUUAUUCCCACCGCAGCAGAAGUCGCAGCCAACUCCUCGCUUGUUUAUACUGCGGCAUCAUCCAACGCAACAGCUGUCGCUGAUGCCGAGGCCGCUUACUCGAACUAUACCACACUGGACGAUCGAGCCACCAUCCGAGCAAUUGCAACUAAUAUGUACCAAGCUCACAAGAAGGCCGUGGAAGAUGGCAUGUUCCACUGGUCUGAAGCCGGGUAUCUGCGCUAUGCUCUGGGCUACAAUGCCAACAUCACUGAUUACGUUGCUGGUACCACCGACUCUCCCAUCUGGGGCGACUUUUACGACGACGUCUACUUUGCUGCAACCAAGUGGCGCACGAUCGACAAGGGUCUUGAAUCUCUUCCUCGUGCUUUCUACCCUCAUGUCGCGGACAAGGUUACUUUCAACCGCACUAUCCAGGGCCUUAUCUACAAUGAAACGACUGAGAAGAUUUCCGUCGCAUGGAGAGAUGACCCGCUUGCCAUGACACCCGAAACCGCGGAGUUCGAUUACGCCGUCGUCGCUGCACCGUUCAGUAAGGUCCGACUUUGGGAUCUUCCCAGAUAUUCUUCUUUGUUGAGUCGCGCUAUUUCAUCCCUCAACUAUGAUCCUGCGUGUAAGAUGGCACUGCUGUACAAGACCCGAUUCUGGGAGCACAUGGAGAACCCCAUCUUCGGUGGCUGUGGCUCUGUCGAUGUCUCCGGCGUGGGCAGCGUUUGCUAUCCAUCCUACAACAUGAACGGCACCGGACCAGGUGUCAUCCUCGCUUCAUACAUCUCCGGCACGGCGGCACGCUCCACAGCAGCUCUAAACCCCGAGGAGCACGUUGCACUUAUCCAGCGCACCAUGGUCGAAGUGCACGGUGAUAUUGCCGCAGAGCAGUUCACUGGUAUCUACGAUCGGCAGUGCUGGGAGUUUGACCGUCACCAAGCUGGUGCAUGGGCGGAUCCGCUAGUUGGCCAGCAGGAGUUGUAUCUGCCGGCGUACUAUCAGACCGAGUUUAAGACCAUCUUCAUCGGUGAGCAUACCAGUUAUACGCAUGCUUGGAUCUUUUCGGCUCUUGACUCUGCUGUGCGGGGAACUACUCAGUUGUUGCUGGAUCUUGGCCUUGUUGAUGAGGCUAAGUCUGUGGUGGAGACUUGGAUGGGACGGUGGAUCAAGUUGUAA